AUGGCAAGACCCUUUCUCGGUUCGUCGAUCCAGUGCUUGCCUUGUGAGCGGACUCCCUCACCUAUGCGCAAGCGUAAAGACCUCGUCAGUUCCAUUCGAGGUCUACUGGUCUUGCCACACCUCUCGCUGCCUAUCUUCGCAUCCGUGGUGCUGGAACAUGAACUUGUCCAGUGGUGCAACUGGAGGACCUUUAAAUCUCUUCACUCCGAGGACACGAAGCCAGCUGAGCUCAUAGUGAUGCGGUCAGCAGAUGUCGCGCGGAAGAAAAUCCGUGCCUUCUCUGCUGGCAACUUCGUGGACCUCAGUGCGGUCUAA